UUUCACCAUUUAAAUGUAAGCAAAAGAAAAUUAUGUAAUAUUAAUGAUUAAAUAAUGUGCAAAUUUUAAAUUCUGUUUACUGGAACUGGCUGACACUCCACAAAUGAUUAAUAUUUCCAUUCUCUACAUUCUCAGAUAACAAUGAAACUGCCAACAUAUCAUGAAACAGGGAAAUGAAACACGUACUUCCUCAUUUCUCAUGGUACUUCUGUCUGAGUCGUUGUGCGGGCUAUCCAAUUUGUUGGGUUUGACUUCAGUAACAGGGAGAUUUGUUUUUCUGUUUGUUUGUUUUUUUAUGUAUAUUGCAUAUUAGAAAUAAAAAAAACAAAUUAAGUAGGCUUUGACCUGUGAUGAGUUGAGUGCACACGACGCAGGCACAGUUUUUUAAAAAAUAGUUCAUGUCAUCUGAAAGACUAUAAAGUACCAGAUCUGAGGGAUCAAUACAAUACAUGCACAAUGGAUGUCACAUCUUGGAUGCACUUGCUGCUGUUCUGCCUACAUUGCCAUUAUGAGAUCCAACCUGCCGCAUGUAAACCUGUGUGGAUGUUACCACAGUUCCCUUGUGAUGUCAAGGCCUGCAAUACCUCUGAGGUCGUAUUUGACUGUAAAGGGCGCCAUCUGCAUGCAGUACCUGAUAAGAUAGCUAGUAAUGCAACUGAGCUGGACUUAUCAGAAAAUUACAUUAAGAAUAUUUCAGUGAAUUCAUUUUCAAAGCUGCUGAAUCUGACUAAACUCGAUCUCAAAUGGGCAAACAAGAAAGAAGGACUGAUCAUUGCUGCGAAUACUUUCAAAAAUCUGACACAGCUGAAUCAUCUGAUACUGACUGGCAACUGUCUGACACAAAUUCCCAGCAAUCUCCCUCUCAGUGUGGAAAUCCUUGAGCUGAACACAAACAACAUUACAUUGUUGGAUAACAGGAGCGUUGCUGGCUUAACAAAUGUGACACAACUGUGGUUAUCCAAAAACUGCUACUAUUGGAAUCCUUGUGGUAAAUCUGUGACUAUUACAGAGGGUAUUUUUGCAGUUAUGACCAAACUGCAGGUUUUGGAUUUGUCCUUUAACAACUUAACUCACGUUCCCAAAGGAUUACCUCCAUCAUUAAGAAGCUUAAAGCUGGGUUCUAACCAAAUACAGUACAUAUCUGAAUUUGAUUUUUUUGGGCUAUAUAAUUUAAAAACCCUAAAAAUUCAAGGGAACUGUCCAAGAUGUCAAACGGCUCCAUAUCCCUGUGUCUCUUGCCCAAACAUUUCACUUGGUAUCCAUCCUCAUGCAUUUCACAAUCUAACAGAGCUUGAGACACUACACCUGGGAGGAAACUCCCUGGAUCAUGUGAAACCUUCCUGGUUUGCAAGGAUGAAGAAGCUUAAAAAAUUGUACCUGUCAUUCAACUUCUUGCUAAAAGAAAUUACUGAGGAGGCAACAUUUCUAAGAUACCUUAACCGGCUAGAAAAAUUGGAUCUCUCUUUCAACUUUGCUAACAGACUCUACCCUACAACAUUAAAUCUUUCACAAGAGUUUUCAAAUCUCGCGUCACUGAGAACUUUGCAUUUGGAGGGUUUGGUCUUCCAGAAUAUUGGACGGGAUACACUCAGACCUCUGUACGAGGUAAAAAAUCUGUCUGCACUGAACUUAGGGACGAACUUUAUUAUUCAGUCCGAUUCCACCAUAUUCAGCAAAUUCACCCAUCUGAAAAUGAUAUACCUCGCAGAAAACAGGCUGCAUCCCAUUCCAGUGGAACAACCCCCAUCUCCAAGUGACGGAUACAAUCAGAGGCCAGACCUUUCUAUUUCACCUUUGAGGAAACCCCAACCUAAAGACUUUGCUUUUGAGAUAUCACACAGCCUUAUCAAGGAAGAGUGCUUUGAAUUGGGUCGAGUGCUAAUCCUCAGCUCAAAUAAUCUGUUCUUCAUUUCCCCAGAGCAAUUUAACGGCUAUGGAGAUAUUGCAUGCCUCAACCUCUCAAGAAAUGGCUUUUCAGCAGCACUUAAUGGCACAGAGUUCUCUUUGCUCCCUAAUCUGACAUACCUGGACCUGUCAUUCAAUAGGAUUGAUCUGGCCUAUGACAACGCCUUCAAAGAACUAAAGAAACUACAAGUACUAGACCUCAGUUACAACGAGCACUACUUUAAAGCAUAUGGUAUAACGCAUAAUUUAAAUUUUACAAAAAAUCUGCCUGUUCUGAGGGUGCUGAAUAUGAGUCAUAAUGCCAUUUCCACACUGACAACAAAACAGAUGUACAGCGAAUCAUUAUCAGAACUGCAGUUUACAGAUAAUAAUCUUGGGACUCUUUGGAAAGAAAGGGAUGGCUCAUACAAAAUGCUUUUCACUAAUCUCAUUAAUUUGACCAUUUUAGAUAUAUCCCAAAACCACAUUGCAAAGAUUCCUGUUGAUGUUUAUAAAUAUUUGCCACGUAACCUCACCAAACUACGUAUAAGCCAUAACGGGCUUGCUGACUUUAGAUGGGACUCGCUGAGGUAUUUCCAUCAACUUCAAAUUUUAGACCUGAGCUUCAAUUCUUUAUCUGACGUGACAGGUAUAAACUCAAACAUCACUCAGACUUUGACUUUUCUUGACCUGAAUCACAACCGUAUUUUCCAGUUGGACAAUGGAUUUAUAAAGGGUCCCAAAAGCCUUAAGACUCUUAGCCUUAGCAACAACAAACUGACCACCAUCAAUCAAUCCACCUUCCAGUCCAGACCUGAUAAUCAGAUUCAGACUUUGUUCUUGCAGGGAAACCCAUUCCAGUGUACCUGUGAUUUAUUAGAUUUCAUUCUAUGGAUUGAAAAAAGUGAAGUAAAUAUCCCGAGACUGACCACUAUGGUGACAUGUCACACACCAGCAAACCAGAAGGGUCAAGCACUGAUAUACUUUGACAUUAACCAGUGUGUAAAUGACAGUCAAGCAUUCCUGGUCUACAUUGUCACAACUUCCUUCAUUAUUGCUUUUAUGAUUGUGGCAACUGUUGCUCACUUAUUUUACUGGGACGCUUCCUAUGUAAUUCACUAUAUGAAAGCUAAGUUGAAGGGAUACAGAUCCUUGAGCUCACCAGACAGCGUUUAUGAUGUCUUUGUGACUUAUGACACCAGAGAUCCACAUGUCUCUGAGUGGGUGAUGAGAAAUCUGCGGUUGAAACUGGAGGAUGAAGGGGAGAAGCAUCUUCCUUUGUGUCUGGAGGAGAGGGAUUGGCCCCCAGGAGUCCCACUGGUGGAGAACCUCACUCAGAGCAUCCGAUACAGUCGCAAGACCCUUUUUGUCUUAACUGAGGACUAUGUUAAGACUGGGGUUUUCAAGCUGGCAAUGUAUCUAGCUCACCAAAGACUUCUGGAUGAAAAUUUGGAUGUGAUUGUGCUGCUGAUGCUGGAGCCUGUUCUGCAGCACUCUCACUUCCUGCGCCUGAGGAGGAGGCUGUGUGGGAAAAGUGUUGUAGAGUGGCCGAGAACAGCAGCGGCAGAGCCCUGGUUUUGGCAAAACCUUAGAAAUGUUGUCAGAGUAGACAAUCAGGUGAUAUACAACAAGACUUAUUCAAAGUACUUCUCCAGCAGGUGAAGCAAGAUAAAGAUCAGCGAUGACUGUCUGGGAGUAAUCUGUGAAUUUAUUAUAUGGACAAUGUUAUGUUUUGGAAACAUUGUUCUAUAGAAAUAAGUUUGUUCCUUCACAACUUUUAUCAAUAACUUUAUGGCUGGGACUUAAUAUAAGACAACUAACGAGAGUUUUGCUGGUACAGAUACAAUGACAGAUUACUGAAUCUCUUGUAAUUUGUGUGCAGAAUAAAUAAAUAAAUCCAUUUCAAUUAUGUGCCAUUUUGUAGAAGCAAAUGUUUCAAUCUGUUUUCUGGUCUCCGUCUAACCUAGAAAGUAUUUUUGUCGUCAACAUACAAAAGGGAAAUUGACUGUAUGAACAGAAUGCACUGUAGGUUACUUCAAUG